UUUUCCCUGACGAUGUGGAAGGCAGCACUUUUGACUUUGGGCCUUUUGGUGGCACUUGUUGACAGGGUUCGGUGCAAUGAAGGCCAUCCCUCCUUCUAUGGUGUAAAGUUAUGUGGUAGAGAAUUUAUUCGCGCUGUCAUCUUCACGUGUGGAGGAUCACGCUGGAGGAGGAGUGUGGGAGAUUCAGCUCUAACUGGAGAGGAGAACUUUGAUCCAUGGAGCACAAAUUCUAUGCCUCAAGUCUCCAGGAGCCAAGACGCAGCACAACCAGACUUAUGGAAAACCCAGACAUCUGAGGACACAGAGGUGGCCACAGGAUUCAGUCGUUCCGCUCGCUCUCCAAUGUUGGAAGAGGUUUUGGAGGCUCUAAGAAGUGCAGACAGAAAAGGCAGAGAUGUUGUGGUGGGACUGUCCAAUGCAUGUUGCAAGUGGGGCUGCAGCAAGAGUGAAAUAAGCUCUCUAUGUUGAGUUCAAAAGUGUUGUCAUUGAAACCCUCCUCUCCUUUUUAAAAUCUUGUUUUUAUGAGCACAUUGU